AUGUCCGUCGCCACCGUCACACCAACAAUGCGCGAAGCAGGUUGGAAUGUGACAUUUCACGUAGGCCGCAAUUCCUGGAAAUUCGCAGGGCUUUUCCAAGCUCCGGGCAGCGAUUUGGUGACGUUUUGCGAUGUUAUUGAUGAGCUACGCCUUUGUUUCGAGUUCAAUGCGCGCGACAAUGAUGAGCAACAGAUCCCGAAGCUUAUUGAGGGGAACGAUCGCCGUUUGGCCGUACCCAGUCUUCCAAAUCGCGCGCCCAAACAGCCUGAUGUUUUAAAGUAUCAUCUUAUCCGCCAUAAGUCAUGUUCAUUACCCGACAACUCGCCACCGAAAGAACAUCUUGAAGCGAAAUGCGCACAACAUAUUCCCCCUCCAACCCGCCGUCCCAGACCCCGUGGCUCUCAAUCUCCUCCUAAACGCCAAGCGUCAGACUUCGUCUCGCCAAUAAAAGACGGUCCCGACGACGGUCUGGAUGCUGGUAGUAUGAUUGCACCCAGUAGGAUGCAAGUCGAUCUCGAGGUCGCCAAAAAAGUCAUGGACGAGUUUAGACACGCGUGGGGUGUAUAUGCUAGUUGCUGCGCCGUCAGCGGCGAAGGCGACUCCUGGGUAAUAAAUCCUACAAUUGGGCCUGCUCUACAAGCCUGCCAUAUCAUUCCGCAGAACCACUAUUACUUGUAUCCAAUUAUACAAGAUCAAGAGGACGACGGAGAUACGGGGUAUAAGGCAAUAAUGCUUGAUCAUGUUGAUCCGAAUGCUCUGCGACAUCACUGGGAUAUGUGCGUUAUGGAAAACAUGACGGCUAUGAUGCCUCUUUUGGAGUUGCCUACAGGCGGCACAAAUACGCCUUUCAGUCCGUCGAGUGAGUUACUUAUGACGCCAGGGUCUGCGAACGGAUCUCAGCCGGAGAGCGGCCGGACUGGUCUCGGGAAGGAAGCUUCGGUACAAGAGGCUCUUGAUGACCAAGAAGUUGUGGCAUUGCAGCACGAUUCUGACGAAACAGACGGCCCGAUUCCUAAACGCAGGCAGCUGCAUGACUGCGAAGUCCGAGAGAUUCAUUCGCCUGAGGAAUGGAUUCAGGACGACAUGAUGGAUAGCUUUAUCACCCCAUUCAACCGCAAGGUGUUUCUUGCGGACGUUAAUUGGGAAUUGCAAACGUUCAACUCCCGCAGGUCAUGUAGUUAA